AUGACUAUUCCCAGACUCGAACUGACGGCUGCCACCGUAUCAGCAAAGAUGAGUACAUUUCUAAGGAAAGAAUUGACAGUGGCUAAACCUCAAGAAUUCUUCUGGACAGAUAGUCAAGUGGUCUUGGGUUACAUUCGUAACGAAGCAAGAAGAUUCCAUGUCUUCGUGGCAAAUAGGGUGCAACAGAUACAUGACGAGACAAACCCCAAAAUAUGGUUUUAUGUGAACACAGAAGACAACCCUGCUGAUGAGGCGUCUCGAGGGAUGACAGCAAAGGAGCUCGUUGAAAGUAGCCGCUGGCUGGUUGGACCGAAGUUUCUUCAUGAGAAAGGAGAAUUCAAUUCCUACAGAGCAGUAUAA